CAAAGAGAUAGAGAGACGUAGACACAGAAAGAGUGGGAGCGAGAGAGAGAGAGAGAGAGAGAAAGAAGGAAGCCAUUUUGGUUCCUCAGUGACAUGUCCGCCUGCUUUCUGCUUUCUUCUCUCUGGUUUCUGCUCGUGGAAAGACCCUUGCAGACACAGAAAGCGGCAGGUCAAUUUUUUUGAGGAAGUAAAACUUUGUGGCAGUUAUUUGAUUUUCUGAGAAUCAUCGAGAAAAGUUUGGUUUUGCGUUUCGCAGGAAAGAGCGGCAGAGAAGGGAGUGAGGCCUGUAAACCUCUGACUGAAGAAGAGCAGCAGGACUGGGAAAUAAAAGACUUGUCUUUAGGUGAUCCACUCAGAUGGUCUCCUCUCGUUAACGGUCUUUGGUUUGACUUUACGUUGAGGACACAGGAUGAGCUCUGAUCGAGUGCCGUCCAGGGCGGAGGUGACGGGGUGGAGCCCACAGCAGCUGGCAGACUACCUGAAGAGGAUGAAUCUAUCUGGCUGUGAUAAGGUGGUACUGAAGCACUCCAUCAGCGGCUCCAGAUUUGUGAACCUGAGUGAGAACGACCUCCAGAAAUUCCCCAAACUUCAUGCUCCGAUGAUCUCUAAGAUCAGCACUGAAAUCAGCAAGAAGGAGGAGAAGAGAGGCCUGUUUGGUAAAAAACCAACGCCCAAAUAUCAUGAACCAGAUGUGGCUGCUGAUGUUCAGGGCUGGGGUGAAGACGAGUUUGAUGAUGAAGAAUUUGAUGAUGACUACGAGAGUCCGUACAGUGGUGAUGAGGAGGGCAGCGGAGGAGAUUACGAGUCCCCAAACGAUGACCAGGACUGUGCCAAUGAUUAUGAGCCUCCACCCACCGAGCCUCCAGAGGACCUGGCCCUCAAGCUGUGCCCCACCCUGCCCAUUGGAGACAGUGAUUAUAUCGAUAACCAUGUGUCAUCCCGAGGCCCGCCCCCUGCUGUGUGUCCCCGCCCCCCAGCCUCCACCCUUUCUGCACCCUCUCCCCGCAUGCCGGGAGAGUCACUGUCCUCUAGAAGAGACCACUCUCCACACUGCGGGGGGAGAAAAUUUCCUCCAGGGCCGCCGCAGAUCUUUCGUGAAAACAAACCAGGCAGAAGUUCAGGAUCCAACCCGUCCCCUGUCAGAGGAACUAAUCGCAACACAGUGGAAAGGGGGGGGACGCAGCCUUGGAGGCCUCAGACGGACACUCCGGAUCCUCCCAGCUGGUCCAAACCUCCUGUUCUUCCUCCGUCCUCCACUUCUGUCAGCAGGAGCAACUCCGCAGCCAGACCUCCUGCCAGCAGGUUUGAUCCAAGGAGGGAGCAAACACAUGAUGAAGCACUGAAACACAACACCUUCCCCCUCCACAAUAAAAGUCUGCCACCCCGUCCUGGACCCCACGGGCUCCCCUCACGGCAAGCAGACAGUUUGCCUCCCAGCAUUCCCUCUGCAGGUUCUCUGCCUCACAAACUGCAAUCUGCGAUUGCUGAACAGAGAGGCAGUUUUAUAGGAUCAGACAGACCGUCGUUUCGUCCUUCUCUACCCACAACAGCACCGAAACAGGACCUGGACCCGCGCUGGUAUGUGGGUAAAGUGACCAGAGGUCAGGCAGAAGGAUGUCUGAAACAAGUCCACAAGGACGGGGCGUAUCUGGUGAGGGACAGCACCCGGCAGCUGGCCAAUCAGCCCUUCACCCUGAUGGUCUACUACCAGGACAAAGUCUACAACAUCCAGAUCAGACAGCAGAACCAGAAGUUCCUGCUGGGAACCGGACUCAAAGUCCAGGAGUCUUUCCCCUCAGUGAGUGACAUCAUCGGCCAUUACUCCCAGUCUCCUCUGCUCCUCAUCGACGCCAAGAACCGCACCUCCAGCCAACAGAACCAGUGUCUGCUCUCUGACCCAGCCGGAUACUACAUGACCAGACAUUAAACGUCCUGACCAGAUAAACCGGAGCACAGAACUAAACCAGAGAGAAACCCGACAGGCAGAAUUCAGAUGAAUGUUCACUUCAAAUGUUACAUUAGCAGGAGCGUUGAUAUGUUUGUGUUGUUCGUGUCAAGUUUUUUUUUCUGUUUUAACAAAUGACAAAUGUCAGAUUUUUGCACACGUUGCUUCAUUUGCUUAUUUUGACCAUUUACAAACUACAGUUUCAUCACUGUGUCAGCUCUCUGUUCUUUGAGUUUGAAAGGUUGGAGACUGUGGAAAAAGUGUUAAAUGUAAAUGUUGAAUCUAAAUCGAAAUGUUUGAUCUAAAUUUUUUGUCUGAAAGAUUUUAAUUUACCAUUUAAAUUUAGAUACAACAAUUAGAUUUAGAUUUAACAGUCAACAUUUGAUUCUAUAUUAACAUAUAACACUGAACAUUUAAAUGUAAUAUUGAGAUUUCUAUGUAAUAUUCAGAUUUAACAUUUAAAUUUAAUAUUUAACAUUUAGAUUUAGUUGUAAUAUUUAGAUUUACAAAGUUAGCAUUUAAUAUUCAAAAUUUAGAUUAACAUUAGAUAUUAAGAUGCAACAUUUACAUUUUACAGAGAUUAAGAUAUAAUUUUUUCAAACAUUUAACAUUUAGAUUUCAAAUUUGAAUUUAAAUGUAACAUUUAGAUUUAACAGUUAACUUUUAACAUUCAAUGUUUAGAUUUAAUAUUCAACAUUUAGAUUUAACAGUCAGCAUUUAACAUUUAGAUUUAAUUUUUAAAAUUUAGAUUCAACACUAACAUUUAACAUUUAGAUUUAACAUUCAAAAGUUAGAGCCAAUAUUUACAUUCAACAUUUGAACAUUUGAUGUUAAAUAUUUUAUUUUGAUCUAACAGUUAACAUUUAGGUUUAAUAUUCAAAAUUUACAUCCAACAUGUAUUAACAUGUAUUAACAUGUAACAUGAAUUGAAAAUGAAAUGAAAUGAAAUGAAAAAAAUGAGCUAAAUAUUUAAAAUACAUCAGAAAAUUGUAAAUAAAUGUUUACAUUCCGCGCUCCAUAUGAGACAAUAAACCUUUCAAUAAAAAGUCUAAAACAUUUCCGAUCGGAGGUUUUAGAUUUAAAUGUACAUCAGUACAUGAUUUUGGAUAAAUGCUGUAUGUCUACAGCAUUUAGUUAAAGUACAUUCCACAUUCAAACUAUGCAUGUUAAUGGCUAAAACCUUCCUUGUUCUGUCUUCAGCUAAGCUAAAAAAAAUAUCCCAGGUUUCAUGAUUGUAGCUCCAUUUUGUUUGUUACAGAUGAAGUCUCAAAGUCUUCCAGUAUUCAGGCUCCAUUUUGUGCCUUCUGUUUGGGACGUUUUCAAUUCAAUGUCAAUGUGUCAGAUUUGACUUGUUUGUCCCUCAGCUGUUUCAUUAAAACCUUGUGAAAAC